AUGUCACUCCUAGCCCUUCUCUUUGUGCUGGGCUGCUUGGUGUGGGCCCUGAUUGCCAACACGUACUACCAACCCUAUCCAUCCUAUGGCUGGGUGAUGUUUGUAGCGAUCUUCUUCUGGAUGGUGACGGUCAUUCUCUUUGUGAUGUAUCUGUUUCAGCUUCAGUUGAAACUCUACAUGAUCCCUUGGCCUAUUGUGCUUGUGGUGUUAAAUGUCUCAGCCUCCAUCAUGUAUGCAACAGCUUUCAUAACCAGCGCUGCAUCGGUUGAACCAUACUCCUGGCCCCAUUCCCCGGACUACAACAAAAGGGCUGCAGCCUCGUUCUUUGCCUGCCUGGUGAUGAUCGGCUACGGGGUCAGUUCCUGCCUCAGCAUCCGAGCCUGGAGGGGUUACGGAAGCAACGCAGCCACCAGUCAAGCGAGCAUCUCCAAUCACGCCUAAAGAACUGUGGAUCCUUCUGAAUCAACAGGGGCCAAGCUGGCUGGC